AUGUUUGACCAGAAAUGGUUGCUUCUUCUAGAACUUAGAUCAAAAAAUAACAUCAAAUCAUACAUCACAGUAGAAUAUCCAGGUAGAACCGCAAUUCUCACCAUCAACCGCCCCCAAAAGCUCGGAGCUGUAACAAAAAAAAGAGUUCUACCUCUAACCAAGCGCCUGAGGGAAAUAGACACACACGAUGAAGUCUUCAUUACCAUCCUCACAGGAACGAGAAGAUUCUUCAGCGCGGAAACGGUAGCGCACACCCUCAACUCCACCGAAGCAUUUUACGCCCAUUCGAAGAUUCUAGUGACGGCUCUGGAUGGCCCUGGCGUAGGCAUUGCAGCGGCCCUAAUCUCGUUUGUUGAUUUCGUCUUUUGCGCACCACACACUUACCUUCUCACCCCCUUUUUUACGAGCCUCGGGCUUAUCGACGAAGGCAGCGCUUUAGUAGGAUUUGUGAGGCGUAUGGGGGUGAGUAAGGCGAUGGGGGCGCUGCUUAAGAGUCGAAAGAUUUGGCAGAUGACCUUUUGGCGCGGGGAUGAGAAAUUAAGGGAGCGACUAGUUGCUCAUGUUGAUGAUAUUUUGGAAGAGCAUCUGGUGGGUUCGAUCUUGCUUGAGACGAAGAAGCCUCUUGUGUUAGUGAUGAAGCGGCAGGUUGAUCUGAGUCUGAUGGCGGAGUUGAUUGGGGGGGUUGAAGAGGCAGGUGUUGGGGAUUCCGCGGAGAGGGUUUAA